AUGUUAUCAAAAUCAUUAAUUUCAAAAUCAUUAUUAUUUAAUAGUAAUAAUAAUAAUAAUACAAUUAAUGAAAGUAGUAUUAUUAUAGUUCAAACUCAAUUAAAUACAAUUACUAAUAAGAGUACAACUUCAACUUUUUAUUACACAAGACCACAAUGGGGACUUUAA